AUUUGCAUGUAAGAGCUCGAAAAUUUCCUCAUGGCGUUUUUGGGCUCCAACAACAGCAGCUUCAUGCCCAUGACCAUCUCAAAAUUUCCUACCUCCAACCCCUGCCAGAUUAAACCUCUGAUCAUAAAAUGCGAUGCAAGAGAAAGCUCAAAACCCAGCUCUGGAAAAACUACACAAAUCGAUGGUAUAGUUAUCAGAUUUAAGAGCAAAGCUACAGCACGAAAACGCUCAAAACCUAGCUCUGGAAAAACACCUCCACAAAUCAAUAGCGUAGUUAUGGGAAUUAUGAAGAGCACUGAAUUUGGACACGAAGUCGUUAUUGAUCCUAUUAGCUUGAAUUUUGAUAAAGAUAAUAAGAAAGUUGAAGUAGAUGCUGCUGCUGCUGCUUUGAAGAAUAAAGCUACUGAGUGAUGGUUUUAUAGGGUUUAGGAUGGUUUUCACCUUCAAUCUUCGUAAUAUUCAUGCGUGUAUCUUUUUUUGUAACAUAGAAUUACAGUAACAUAAAAUUAAAACACAUACAUU